AUGCCAAUGUAUGCUGAAUACUUGAAGGAUGUAGUGAUUCUUGUAGAUUUGGAAACUAUGGCACUUACUAAGGAGUGCAGUUCUAGGGUGAUGAGUAAACUUACCAACAAGAUCAAUGACUUUAGGAGUUUCAAGGGUGAUGAGUCCAUGCUUUGUGUGACAUGGAGCGAGUAUAAAUUUGAUGCCCCUUCAGUGUUAAAUACUCUUGGUUUGGGGAAACCUAGGUUUUCUAAAGUGGUUCUAGAAAUUGCAGAUAGAUCAAGAGUCUUAUCUUCUGAGAGAAUCAUUGAGGACGUGCUCAUUAGAGUUGGUAAGCUUAUAAUUGCUACUUAUUUUGUCAUUCUUGAUUAUGAAGCAGAUGAUAGGGUGUCAAUUAUACUAGGACGUCCAUUUUAG